AUGUGUACCAACAGUGCUGAUGAAGAUUUGCUCAGUUAUUUCACCACUGUACCCUCCGUUGAAUCCUUUCAAUCAACUCCUGCAUUAAUUGAGGCUGCUUUAUCUGAUCCAACAUGUUCUUCUGUCGGUACCGUUUUGGUUUUAUACACUGGUGGUACUAUUGGAAUGUGCUCACAUGGUGGGGUAUACGGUCCUGAACCAAACUUCUUGGUAAAGAAAGUCAUGUCGAUGUCAAUGUUCUGUGAUCAAUCUUUUGUAGAAAAGAAUAAGAUUCACGUCGAUUACUACAAAUCAAAGCAUUCUGGUGGAGUUUCAGGUGAUAGCAGUGGCGAUUCUCAAUGGCCACUAAUUUGUAUGCCUCCAACAGUUGAGAACCGUCGAAUUUUCUUUAUGAUCGCUGAAUACAAGAACCUUUUGGAUUCCUCCAACUGUACAAUUGAAAAUUGGAUUCUUAUCUCCAAGCAUAUUAAGUACUUCUAUGACAAAUUUGACGGUUUCAUUGUUCUUCAUGGCACAGAUACUCUGGCUUACGGGGCUUCGUUCCUGUCUUUUAUCCUGGAAGGACUUUGUAAACCUGUUAUUGUUACUGGAUCUCAGAUUCCCAUUGGAGAACUCAGGAGUGACGGAAGGGAGAAUUUUCUAGGAUCUUUGCUCAUUGCUGGUGGUGACCAAAUUAUUCCUGAAGUUACGGUAUUCUUUAAUAAUAAUCUACUACGUGGAAACAGAUCGGUAAAGUGUUCUGCCACGGAUUUUGAUGCUUUCACAUCACCUAAUUACCCUCCGCUGGCUAGGAUUGGAAUCGAUAUUAAAUUCCACCUCUCGAAUAUUCGACGGUGUCCUGGGGAGGGUAGAAGUCUGCACGUUAUUGAAUCGUUGAGUCGGAACGUUGUGAUGUUGAGGAUGUUCCCGUCAAUCUCUGCGAAGACCGUCGAGAACUUCUUCAAAGUACCGAUUGAAGAAUGCGCCCUACUUCAUCACAAGCGUCAUAAAGUUGUGACUGAGUUGUGUUUUUCCGUGGACUUGAGACCCCGAUGUAUGACCAUUUAUUCUGUCGUUGGUGUUUUAGGUGUAAUUCUACAAACUUAUGGCGCCGGUAACGUGCCAUCCACUCGCCGAGAUAUCCUCGAAAUUUUUAGCAAAGCAACAAGUGAAGGUAUUGUUAUUCUAAACAUCACUCAAUGUUGGCAUGGCUCAACUGAACCUAAGUACUCAACUGGAAAGGUACUCGAGAGUGUCGGCGUUAUUCCAGGCUAUGAUAUGACUCCAGAAGCUGCUCUUGCGAAGCUUUCUUAUGUAUUGGGUGUCAGCAAUGAUAUUAAGGUGCGGCGUCGAAUGCUUCGUUGUGACCUUCGGGGCGAGGUCACUCUGCCCCCGGCUCAAGAAGUAAAUGUCGCUCAGCCCCCUAAUUUCAGUCUCCAAGACGUAUCCAGUGGAUCUGAGGGGAUUAAUCAAUUGGUGGGACAUGUCGGAUAUAUCUUCUCAAAAGCUACCGUGGAGGGGUCUAGUAAUCUCUGGGCUCAACGAAUUCUACCUAAUCUUCUCUGUGGUGCAGCGGAGGCGAAUGAUUGUUUUGUGCUCGAACAGCUUUACACAGUGACCCACAGUUUCGACGUACCUGAUCGAGAAACGCGACUUCCCCUGCACAUAGCCGCAGCCAAUGGCCACUAUGAAGCCUGUGAAUUGAUGCUGAAGAAAGGUGCAAACCCUAAUUUGACUGACCGAUCUCGUCUCACUGCUCUAUCCCACGCCAUCCGUGGAUCCAAAGCAAAUAAGGAGCUUAUUGAUCUUUUGGUUGAGUCUGGCGCUUUAAUACAUGACUCCAAGUCUCUCAGAGCUCGAGAAACAAAUCAAGCCGCAAUGCAUGGACAAGUUAACCAACUUCGACUCUAUAAGCACUUUGGAUUGACACUUCAAUUGGAAGUUAUUCGUUACCUCAUUUCUCCAGAAUCCGAAGGUGGCGCGAAUGUCGACAUCAACCAGAAAACCGCCUAUGGCAAAACGGCCUGCGAUGAAGCAAGGACUCGAAAACUCUCCGAAAUUGUUUCAAUGCUCGAAAAAGUUGCAGCCUAA